CCAGCGCGGCGGGCGGCAGCAGCAGGGAGGCGCCGCGUCGGGGUUUACUGUCGGGCUGCCAUGGCUCCCCCGCUGCUUGAGACGAAGGACACCGUGUACGCCGUGACCCAGGCCAUCAUGACGGUACUGCGGAACUCCUCCAACCACACCUUCGUCACCUCCGCCCUCGCGCACCUCAAAGUGUCCACGCUGGAGGAAGCGGAGUUGCGCCUGGGGCAACACCUUUGGUUCAUACUCCACAAACACCUACAAGUUGAAAUUCCCCCCGAUGUGGUGGAGGAACUCGCGUCCCUGCCGCCCCUUCUCCCGGCCACACCCACACGCACCUGCACGACCAGACUUGGGAGUGACCCUGUGGAGGGUCUCGGCCCCUCAGACCUGCCUCCUGCUGCUGAGGACUGUAGUCAGCUCCUUAGUUCCCUCCCGGCACGUGAAGGACUGUACGGACCAUCGGUGGCUCAAUCCCAGGAAUGUCCUUUAACCCAAGAGGAGGACUAUUCUUUUUUCAACUUGGGGAUCGCCUGGCCAUCAGUACCCGAAGUUGCUUCCCCGGGGUUUGCCCUCGGGCUACAAGACAAUACAGUUCCAAACACUAUCCAAAACGACAUUAAGAGGCUGUGUGAUCAGAUGCUGUCCAGCAGCACACCGCAGGAGAAACCCACAGGCAGCCAGUCCGUGAGAUGCAGUUCUCCUAUAUCUUCUUCCAAAGACCACGAUGCCACAGCUGUCGCCGCAUCGCCCCUCCCAUCAAACACUGAUAAAAGAGAGGACUCCAAGGCGCCAGAGAGCCAGAGCACGGAAGGGCACGAGUCAGGGUCUGCUCUACUAGUAGAGGAGAACGAGAACAUUCCUGUUGCCGGUAAAAACAAAAUUGUUCAGGCGCUACAACUUCUCUCGGAAACCACCACGGCGACGGAGGGCUUUGAUUUUCAAAGGAAGAAGAUCGAGACGGCGCUAUCUAACCUCUCUGCUUCCUUAGCUUUAGAUACCCUAGAGACACCAGCAUCCUUAUCUCAGGGUUCUGCUGACGUACAUGUUCCUGAAGCCACAGACGGUGACCCCGGAAACGACUGCUCUGACAGUGCCAAAAAACAGAUUCUGGAAGCGUUGUCUCUGCUCUCAAGCUCCUUGUCCAUAAGCGCCUCACACCAGAACUGGUCCCAGACACCGCCAGCCUCCUUGAUUCAAGACUCAACUCUUCAAACAGCACUUUCGGGACCUUUGCAGGAACGUUUGGGAGUUCAUGAGAUUCGUCAGACGUCAUGGGAGUUAAUGGAACAGUUUGAGAACUCUGAGACUCUUUUGCCUUCAGAGAGAACAACGACAGUUUUCGAAAUGGAGACUGGAACUCCUCAAGAUACUCAACACUCGCGAGAUGAUGCGGCCCAUGUACCGAGCACUAAACCCCUUCUCCAAGUCAGACUGGACCUGUGGCGUCACGGAACCAACGAAAUAGAUGAUACCGGUGGCACCCAUCCACGCCUAGAAAAUGGUGAGGAGCUUCAGGCCGACACUCUGGCAUCAGCCCCGGAGACUGACAUAGAGGGUGGAACCUUCUGGAGACCUGGUGCUGCUCCUCGACCCAUCUUCAGUUAUAACACUUUGCGUUGUGACUUUGUGGAAGGAGAGGCGAGGGGAAAUGCCCUUGGUCCUGCUAAAGGGAAAAAAACACGUAGAAAGGGUCCCCGGGCUGCUCGUGGGAAAACAAAGACGAAAAACACCCGUCCUAACAAUAAGGAUGAGGAACAUCUUGCAAACGUUUCCUCAGCCGAGCACACAGAUAGUUAUGUAAUGGACGAUCUUCCCGUGAUCGAAAUCGGCCCCCCACUUGAGAUAGUUAGCAGGAGUCUUUCAUUUGGUGAGGUGACAGACACCCAGCAGGCCACACAGCUCUCUGCACCAACCUGCCAGCCACCUCCGUCCAUUCAUGCCCCGCCUCUGGCUAAGUCGAAAAAGAAAAGAAAAGGGCCUUUGGAGCAACCUCUUUUACAAAUCAAGACCAAAAAGAUACGUGUCCCGCGGCCCAAGGCAGCAGCAAAGUCCCGCCACCAGCCGUCAGGUGCGUCCACCCGGCGGGAGGCAGCGCCAGGCCAACAGAGAGGGGGGCGGCCGCCUCCACGCCAACAACACGGAACCCAGACGGACAUAACGCAGCCUUCACCACCUCCACCGCAAACACUAUCACGCUCCAAACCACAACAGCCACCGUCUUCACUGCCCCCUCAUUCGUCACCGUCAACAGCACCACCGUCACAACUAUCAUGCCCAGUACCAAUACCACCGCAGCAACCACAGCCACUGCUAUCUGACGCCAUCGGAGGCCAAGAGAAUUUGCUUGAUACGUCUCGACAUGAAUUGGACACCUACAGUAACCGACACCACUACCAUUCCAACCACGGACAGCAGCAGCAGCGACAACAAAAGCGGCAGCAACAGGGCCAGCAGCAAGGACAGCAACAAAAACGACAAAAGCAUCAGCAUGAACAAGAGCAUCGACAACAACAAGGACAACGACAGCAGCCUCAGCAACAACAGCGACAGCUUCAACAGCAACAAGUAGGACAGCAAUUUCAACGGCAUCAACGAGAGCAACAGCAGCAGAACCGACAUCAAAAACAUUCACAGCAGCAACGACAGCACCAUCAACAACAACAGGAACAGCAGAGACAGCAGAAUCAGCAACAUAAACUGCAACAACAACAGAAGCAGCAACAACAAUAUCAACAACAACAGCAACAGGAACAGCAACGACAUAGGAAACAGCACCAUCUGCAGCAUAUUUAUCAACAACAUCCGCAACAACAACAACGUCAAACACAACAACGACCGCAGCAGCAGCAACAGCGCCCACAGCAGCAACAACAGCGCCCACAGCAACAGCAACGCCCACAGCAGCAGCAACAGGGCCCACAACAUCAGCAACAGCGCUCACAACAUCACCAACAGCACACACAACAGCAGCAGCAACAGCGCCCACAGCAGCAGCAACAGCGCUCAAAAAGACAGCAACAGCUCACAAAGCAGCAACAACAGCGCACGCAGCAACAACAACAGGACCCACAACAGCAGCAACAGCGCCCACAGCAUCAACAACAGCGCACACAGCAGAAACAACAGGGCCCACGACAGCAGCAACAGCGCCCACAGCAGCAACAACAGCGCACACAGCAGAAACAACAGGACCCACAACAGCAGCAACAGCGCCCACAGCAGCAACAACAGCGCACACAGCAGAAACAACACGACCCACAACAACAGCAACAGCUCCCACAGCAGCAACAACAGCGCAAACAGCAGAAACAACACGACCCACAACAACAGCAACAGUGCCCACACCAGCAACAUCACCCACAGCAACAACAGCGCCCACAGCAACAACAGGACCCACUACAGCAGCAACAACAGCGCACACAGCAGCAACAACAGGACCCACUACAGCAGCAACAGCGCCCACACCAGCAACAGCGCCCACACCAGCAACAUCACCCACAGCAACAACAGCGCCCACAGCAACAACAGCGCCCACAGCAACAACAGCGCCCACAGCACCCACAGCAACAACAGCGCCCACAGCAACAACAGCGCCCACAGCAUCAACAGCGCCCACAGCACCCACAGCAACAACAGCGCCCACAGCAACAACAGCGCCCACAGCAGCAACAGCAACAACAGCGCCCACACCACCCACAGCAACAACAGCGCCCACAGCAGCAACAGCGCCCACAGCAGCAACAGCGCCCACAGCACCCACAGCAACAACAGCGCCCACAGCACCCACAGCAACAACAGCGCCCACAGCAACAACAGCGCCCACAGCAGCAACAGCGCCCACAGCACCCACAGCAACAACAGCGCCCACAGCACCCACAGCAACAACAGCGCCCACAGCAGCAACAGCGCCCACAGCAACAACAGCACCCACAACAGCAACAACAGCGCCCACAGCACCCACAGCAACAACACCGCCCACAACAGCAACAGCGCCCACAGCAACAACAGCGCCCACAGCAGCAACAGCGCCCACAGCAGCAACAGCGCCCACAACAGCAACAACAGCGCCCACAGCACCAACAACAGCGCCCACAGCACCAACAACAGCGCCCACAGCAACAUCAGCUCCCACAGCAACAACAGCGCCCACAGCAGCAACAACAGCGCCCACAGCAGCAACAACAGCGCCCACAGCAGCAACAGCCCCCACAACAGCAACAGCGCCCACAGCAGCGACAACAGCGCCCACAGCAGCAACAACAGCGCCCACAGCAGCAACAACAGCACCCACAGCAAAAGCAACAGGGCACACAUCAACAACAGCUGCCACAGCACCAGCAACAGCGCCCACAACAACAACAACAACAACAACAACAACAACAACAACAACAACAGUUUGAGCCUGACGUGUGCGAGGGACACGAACUAUACAUUCCAGAUGACAGUGAAACCCCCGAUUUUUUGUUUGACGAGGCUGUCAGGCAGGACGACAGGGAAGGUGGCCCCCCUGCUGCCGAGGAUGACGGAGGUUGUGACGACAGGGAAGGUGACUUCACUGCUGCCGAGAGUGACGGAGGUCGUGAUGGCAGCGAGGAAGGAUCCCCGUCCCUUCUUGGAGGACUCUUGAUGACAAUACUAACAGAGUCGUCACCCUGGGCCAGGCCAGGGAACAACUCCGACUCGGAGUGUCGUGAGGAUGGACGGAGUUCUGAAUUACCGGUGCCGCAGGACGCUCCCUCGCAGGGAAACAGCAUGCCACAGCACAUCCUUGGUGAAGUCAGGCCCUGCACGCCACAGUGGGAUGCUCCUGCACCAGGCUCAGAAACACACAUGCCUCCAGGCCCUUAUGAUACCGCAGGGGCCAGACGAAAUCUGAUACCUACAUCCUUGACCGACGAGAAAAACACGAGCGCUGCUGCCUCACCUGCAAACACAACAGCAGAGCUCCUCGCCACGGAGCAGACCCGCGGACUCGCCCCUCCAGGAAGUGGACUUGAAAAGGCGAGGCAGACCGGGGAGGACUUGGCCCGAGUUACGCGACUAGGAAAUGUUAUAAAUGAAACCUCCGCGCCUGAAGCCACAGCUGGCCAGGAAGCCUCUCUCAGCCAGGCUAACUUGUCGGCGCGGCUAAGUGCCUGCCUUGCGCCCCAGUCGGCCCCCUCCACUCAGCCCCUACAGAACUUCAUCCCCCACACCCACAACCCCUCCACUCCGCACCUCUCCCCUCUAAAUGCCACCACCUCGCACACCACCUCUCCUCACAGUUGCUCAACAACACUGCACUGCGACUCUUCCCCACCCCUAUUUAGUUUCUCCAAAAAAUCACACACCCAUACAUCCUGUUCCCCGCAGCCCAGUAUCCCCUCUGGUACACCCACCCACAGCUCCUCUGCCACCCAACUGUGCGUCUCCUCCCCAAACAUUCAGUGCAUUUCUUCGCCCCAGUCCAAUAAUCUCUCUUCCCCUCAGCACCCCAGUCACUCCUCCCCUCGCCCCUGCAAUCCCUCUAACUCACGCCCUCCUGGUCCCUCCAUCUCACCCUCCCUCUCCUCACAUCCGUGCGAUCCUGCUGCCCCACACCUCCUGAGUCCCUCUACCCAAGUAAGCACCUCCCCACAGACCCUCAACCAUCGUAAUUCAAACCCUCAGAACUCCUCCCCACACCUUAGCGGCUCCUCCUCCCCACUCUCCCCCAUCCCUCCCAUCCCAGGCAGCGUUUCUCGCCCCGCCUCCCUCUCCACUGUUACCCUGGACAGCUCGAUGGAGGUCCUGGAGUUAGAGAGGGAUAAGGAGGGGGUCGAAGGGGCGGGGUCGGGGCGGGGGUCAGGCUUGCUGCCGACUCCCGUGGUGCCCGAGCAGGGGUCACUUCGCGUCUCUCUGGUUGACCUCACCUCGCCGGCACGCAACCUCUCCGUCGACGUAGAGGGCGUAGAGUGAUUUGAUUGACUUAGUUUAGUGACACAACAUCGGCAUCGUCUUCAAGAACUGCACACACACACACACACACACACACACACACACACACACACACACACACACACACACACACACACACACACACACACACACACACACACACACACACACACUCAUACUCUCACUGUCACUAUUCACCGUGGAGUGUCUCCCUCAUCGCCAAGGAGGCGCAGCUAGCAUGGCUUUACCCCGCAUAGCCCAGGUCGUCCCACCCUUGCCUCGGCGGUGCAGUAAGUGGACAAAAUCAUCCGUGCACUGUACCAAAGUGACGCGGCCAGGAGUCUAAAAACGCUGAGUAUGAGUCCAAAAUGUCGAGAACUGUAAUAAAAAGUGCAAUAA